UAGUUUAAAAUAUUAUUAUUGUUUUUAUAAAAUUUGCCAAAAAUAUCAAUUAAAUGUAUUUAAUGGAUGUUUUAUACUUAAUAUCACUCAUAUUCGCAGGAUACACAUUAGCUUACAGUUGGGACUCUAGUAAUGGAGAAUAUGAGAAGAGACAGUUAGUACCACUGCCGAGGAUAGGAAGAUCUUAUAGUGAAGAGAAACGUCAGGGUCUGAUCCCGUCUCCACGUGUGGGCCGUUCGUCACCAUCUAAUGGUAUCGAUAUCUCGUGUGCUCUGAAUCUUAAGCUUUGCCAUAAAGUGUUGGAUUAUCUAAACCUGCAUGAAGUGCAUGACGGCUCUCCUUUCCUAAACUCACCCCUUUUGGCGGCCCGUAGAAAGAGGUCAACCAUUGCUGACGAUUAUACUAAUGAUUUGAGUGACGAUGACUUUGAAUUAAUUAAAACUUUGCGUUCAAAUACCUGGGAUAUCGACGUUAAGAAUGAAAACUUAUUUCAGCGCAAUGCCCGCCAACUUAUUCCGGCCCCGAGGGUCGGCAGAUCUGGUCAUAAGUCUCAUAACAAUCACAUCCAAUUACUUUCAGGUUAUAGUAAUUCCGAUGACAACGAUAUGAUGGUCGACCCAAUAGACCUGCAAUUGAGGGCUGCAUUCAUCCCACGUCUGGGAAAGAGAACAACAUAUAAGCCGAUCGAUCGAUUGAGUGAUUCGGAUGACACCUAUAAGAGGGCCGCGUCUUUCACGCCUCGCAUCGGGAGAGCGGCGUUCACACCGAGGAUCGGCAAAAGGGCUUCAUUUGUGCCCAGAAUUGGACGAUCGGUUAACAAACUCGACAAACACUAA